AAGAUCUAUGAGAGAGAGAGAAGAGAGAGAAAGAAGUCUUUUGACUGAGCAAACUUAGUCGGCAAAAACCGUCGUGUAAGCAUGACAUUCUUCUUUUUAAUUAUUUAUUUAUUUAGUUUAUUCAAUUUGAAUACGCGUUGAUUUUUACAACCAUAUCCAAUAUCCAAGGACUCAAUUUUUCUUUCUUGUUAAGUUUAUCGAACAUUCCAUAUUCGUUUUUUUUCCAUUAUUUUUUAUUAAUUAAUUAAUUCUAUAAUUUGUACUUCUCCUUUGGUAUCAUCAUUCGUCCAUUCAUCAACCCCUUCUUUUUAUUUUGUUGUUAAAAUUCCUCCUUUUUAAAUUUGUUGAUUAUUGUUAGUCUUACUGAAGAGUUAUAACUUCUAAGUUGCGUUUUUUUAUUAAAGUCGCUGACUUUUGAAUUGGGUCAAUUUCAAUUUUUUCAGAUACACACAUACAGUGUGGAUUUUUAUUUUCUGAAAGACACUAUUAUGAGAAAUUCCAAUUUUUUUUUUUGGGGAGGAAAAUGAAACAUGAAUUAUACUAUUAGUUAAUCAGUUUCAUAAAGUGGUUAUUAUUGGUAGAUAAUAUCAAUAUUGUAUAGUUGAAUUUGAAUAAUAUUCAAGGAGAUUAGUCUCUGCGGUUGCGUGUGGGAAUACCCGAUUUACACCAAAAAGAAAUAAUAGCUUGGUGCUGAAAAUGGGUUGCAUAAGUUCCAAGAGUUCAGCUGUGGAUGACAGCAAGGAAGGUUUGACAAAGGACUUGAGGUCAUCUAGCAAAAGAAUCUCUACGAUGAAGGUUUCAAGAUUGGAUAAGAAAAGGGCUGAUGGAGUUUUGGAGAAAGAUGAUAUUUUGGAUGGUAUUGGCAUGAAAGUUUCAUUGAUUGAUAAGGAGGCCAAUAAUGGUUCAGUGUGCUUGUAUGAUGAUCAGAGUGUGAAGAUGGAAAUGGAGAAACCUGAAUUGAAUGUGAAGAUGGAAAUGGAGAAACCUGAAUUGAAUGUGAAGAUGGAAAUGGAGAAACCUGAAUUGGGUGCUGUUGUUGUUGAUUGUCCUCCUGGUGUUGGAAGGGUUCCAAAGGCGUUAGAAGGAGAGCAAGUUGCAGCUGGAUGGCCAACUUGGCUUUCUUCUGUUGCUGGUGAAGCUAUCAAUGGAUGGAUUCCGCGGAGUGCAAAUACUUUUGAGAAGUUUGAUAAAAUUGGCGAAGGAACUUACAGCACUGUUUAUAAGGCACACGAUUUGAUUAACCAAAAGGUCGUUGCCUUGAAGCGGGUGCGCUUUGAUAGUCUUGAUCACGAGAGUGUCAAGUUUAUGACAAGGGAAAUCAUUUUUCUGCGUAGACUUGACCAUCCAAAUGUAAUUAAGUUGGAGGGUUUGAUAACAUCGCAGACGUCUCGCAGCUUGUACCUUGUUUUUGAAUAUAUGGAACACGAUCUUACAGGACUUGUGUCAGCACCUUACAUUAAGUUUUCUGAACCACAGAUUAAAUGCUACAUGCAGCAGCUUCUUAGUGGAUUGGAUCAUUGCCAUAGUCGUGGUGUUCUCCACCGUGAUAUAAAGGGCUCAAAUCUUCUCAUUGACAAUAAUGGCAUUUUAAAGAUUGCAGAUUUUGGUUUGGCUAACUUUUUUGACCCUCAUCAAAGUGUUAAAUUGACCAGCCGCGUAGUAACUCUGUGGUAUAGACCACCAGAACUUUUACUUGGAUCAUCAAAUUAUGGAGUUGCAGUGGAUAUGUGGAGCACUGGUUGCAUACUGGGUGAACUAUACUGUCGCAGGCCAAUAUUGCCUGGAAAAACAGAGGUUGAGCAAUUGCAUAAGAUUUUUAAACUUUGUGGAUCACCAUCUGUGGACUAUUGGCGUAAACUGCGGUUGCCCCAUUCUGCAGUAUUCAGGCCUCCACACCAUUAUAGGAACUGUCUUAAAGAUACAUUUAAAGAAUUUCCACCUGCUGCUGUUAGGCUUAUAGAGACCCUACUCUCUUUAGAUCCUACGCUUCGAGGAACAGCAGCUACUGCUCUAAAGAAUGAGUUCUUUUCAUUGGAACCUCGUGCUUGCGAUCCAUCAACUUUGCCAAAAUAUCCUCCUAGCAAAGAGAUCAACACUAAAAUGGGGGAAGGAUCAACAAAAAGGCAAGGAGCACUUAGAGGAAAGGAGCAAAGAGUUGGGCCACGAGUUAGACAAGAGAAAGAAUCUCAGUCAUUCGUCUUAUCCAAAGCCGAUGCUGACUCCCGCAUAUCAAUGCAGCGAGGGCAACACUUUCCGAAUAUGACAAGCCAGAAUGAAUUGUUCAACCUUCAUAGAGAACCUGUAUCCAGAUUUGUGGGUUCACCACACAAACAGUCAGAAGAUGCUAAAGAAAUGGUCAAUUAUUUCUCUGGGCCUCUUUAUCAGAGACCUUCACAUUCAGGUUUACUGGUUCCAGGUUCGGGUCUGCACAAAGUUGGAAACGAAGCUGCUGAGUGGCUGCCACAUGCUUCAAAUAAAGUCAACCUACCGAAACCAUCUAGGACUUCGUUGUCUGGAAAUCAAAAAGAAAAUCCAGCUCUCUCAAGGCCCCGAGAUACACUUCAAGCACACAAAUAUUUGGGGUUGAGUAAUGGCUCAGAGUCAAGAAGGCAGCAUGAUAAAAAACACCAUUCUCAGAUAAUUGAUAUCAUCCAAACAGAAAAUGGAAAGGACGGGCAUGCAUCUAGCGAAAACAAGAUCUAUAUGUCUGGUCCAUUACUGGUUUCAUCGAACAAUAUGGAUCAGAUGCUCAAAGAACACGAACGGAGGAUCCAAGAAUAUUCACGACGAGCCAGAAUUGAUAGGUCUAAAGGUGAAAGUAUGAUCACAGCAAAAUUAGGAUGAUUAGUAGUUAUUUAAAUACUUAUUUCUUAUUAUAUGUUAGAUACAUUUUUUUUUGACAAAAUUGUUUAUCUCCCAAUAUUUUAGAGGGAUGCGGGAAGUGUCUAUUCAUGCACACUUCUUUUGUAAAUAAAUUUUAGGUUUUUAUAUUAAGAAUUUUUUGUUCAAUCCAUUCUUUCUGAUAUACUAUCUCUUAAGUGUAAUGUGUAAGUAAUCUUGUAGAAAAUUUGAAUUAACUACCAAUCAUGGUUAGCACAGAUAGUUGGACUUUUUGCUCAAACCCAUUGGUAGGUUAUACAUAAAUUUCAUUGUAAAUUAUCAAUAAAGUUGGUGGUUCUCCUUGAUCUUA